AUGAUCAAGCAAAUAGACAGAGGGUGCUGCGUGCGAGCACUGCCGUGCUUCCCGUUCCCGAACCCGCCCAACUGCCCGCCGUGCCAGCCGAGCGCGGUGCUGACGUGCAAGCCGCGCUGCUGCCCGCCGCCGUGCUGCCCGCCGUACCCGUGCCCGCCCGUGCUGUGCCCGCCGUGCCGGCCCAAGCCGCGCUGCUGCCCGCCCAAGGGCUGCCUGCCGUGCACGGCGCCCACCUGCCCCAGCAACCAGGUGUGCGUCAAGCCGCCCCCCUGCCCGCGGCCCUCGUGCACGCCGCUCUGCAUGCCCGUCUACGCGCCGCGCGCUCCCAGGGUGCCGUGCGUCGACCAGCGGCCCCGCAUCGUCAACGUCGCCGUGCACGAAGUCCGGCCCAGCUCCGCCCUCAAGUUCGUCUACUUCAACACAGCUCCCGGGCUGGACUUUUGCCAGCAGGAGUUGGGCUGCCUGAGCAAGCUGCUCUAA